AUGAAGUACCUCAUUCAUGAAGUUGGCGAUCCUUUCAAGAACUUUGGACGGAGCAGACUGUGGGGCGAUAAUUUGCAGCAGAGCCUCAUGGAUCGAAUCUCUCCAUCAAGUCGGUCGAAGCUUACAGCUCUUCGUACGGUUGACGAAGAGCACCUGCGGAGGAUUGGCGCUUUUGACUUUCCCGACCCCGCGCUCAGUGGAGAGCUUAUUGAAGCCUUUUUCAAUCAAGGGUAUCCUUUCUUUCCGAUAUUCCACAGAACAGAGUUCUUUUCUGCGUACGGACGGAACCGAAUAUCACCAUUGGUUCUGAAUGCGCUGUUUUGUGUAUCCGCCAUCCACUGUUCCGAAGACCUGAUCAGGAGACUGGAUUACGAUUCUCGCUACCUUGCUUGCUCGACCUUCUAUCACCGUGCCAAGGCUCUUCAUGAUAAUGACUAUGAGACUGAUGGCGUCGCUAUUAUACAAGCAUGCAUCUUGCUGAUGAACUGGUGGCAGGGACCAAUGGAGCAGAAGGACACGUGGUACUGGCUGGGAGUGGGCUCGAAUCUGGCUCAGUCUCUUGGUAUGCACAGAGCGAAAUCCUACCGAAUUCUUGGUGACGAGAGACAGAAGCUCUGGCGAAGAAUUUGGUGGGUACUGUUUAUCAAUGACAUCCAUCAUGCUGCUGUCUUUGGUCGCCCACCACAUAUUCAUUCACAGUACACAGAUGUCAAUCCUCUGACACCGAGUGACAUGACAGCCUCUGAUUUCACGCACGCAAAUGCUGAAGAGUCCAAUAUCUUUCUGGUUGAAUAUUGCCGGCUUGCAACCCUGGUCGACAGAUGCCUACUCGAAAAGUACUCUGCAGCUUCAAGCCCGCAGAUGAAAGAUAAAGCAUGGCUUGCGCUCACGACUUUCUCUUCAACACUACUCAAUAAUGGUAUCGACUCAGCCAGCUCCCUGACGACCGAAAGAGGCUUCUAUCCUGCCGUACUUAGCCUGAUCCACCUCGACUACUCAGUCGUGGUCGGGCGAAUGUUCUCGUCCGACAUCCAUGUCCCGGCUACCAGUGGGGUGCAAUCAUACUUCAAGUCUGCGGGUUCCAUCUGCCGAAUACUGGAGGACCUUUUGUCAAGCCCUUCAGCCUUGGUGGCUCGGCUGCCGUAUGUCGCGUUUCCGGCAAUAUUCUGUUCAAUACUCAUCCAUAUCAUCUAUCUGCGAAAGGAGCCUGGCAGUAUUCGUCUGGUAGCCGAAAAUCGAGCUCGACUGGCAAUGGUAGUUUUAGAUCAGCUACAGGAUCGGUGGCCUUUGGUUGUAUGGACACGCUAUCUGCUUGACACUCUUUUGAAGAACACGGAGCCUCCGGCUGUAUCAUCCCCACAGUAUGCUACACUUAACCAAUACCGUCGAUCAUCAGAGCGUGCUAAUCGUCCAUGGACGGAGGACGAUAUACCAGGACCCGCCUCGCUGUCUCCUGAUCCUCAGCAUGUUGUCAGCUCUUCCAGGAGCACGGAUCCAACUCCAGACCUGCACAAUGCACAUUCCAGCCCCCGCGACCACCUCGGGUUCAACACUGGCAUGCAUGGGGCUUUCUCUCCGAUCCCUUUUAUGCUCCCCUGGAAUAGCUUGCUUGAGGAUGCUACAGACUUUGAUCAAUGGCUUCUAUGA